AUGUCAUUUACUCUACCACCUCCAUUAAAACAACAGCUUACCCUGUAUCGGGACUCGUUGAAUAAUCAAAUUGAGGCAUGGGCUGCGGAGUACCAUGUGAAUCCUGCCGCCAUUCGCCGCCAUCUCGGCUUCUCCCGCGAAUUCGGCAGACAACCCAACUCAUGGAAUUUGUACCAGCGAUACCUCGCUGAGCAAAAGCGUAAAAGUGCUAAUGGAGAGCCCACAGCGUUGGGUAUGGCCAUUUCCUCCAUAGGGUCUGACUCCAACACGACCCAAGCCCAGCGAAUUCGUGAUGAACUAGCACCGCUGUACCAAAAAAUGAAAGAAGAUCCGGAGUUCAUGUCGCGUACACAGCAGGAGAUUAAUGCAUGGGAGCAAGAUAACCGCCUUGAAAAGUCAAGUACUGUGACCAGGUCGGAAUACAAGCGCGCUGUGCGUCGCUUUGAGCAAUUCUCUCAACAAUGCUCCCAAAAUCUAGGCGCCGAAUCGUUUACGAUCAUUGCUCACCCUAAUAUUGGCUCCAACCAUGUACAAAUUGCUGCCUCUCCGGCGGGUCUUCACGCCUUCCAAACAGCGCUUGGUGCUGGGAAGCCAUUAGAGACGUUCCAGAAUCGAUUUGCUGCAUGUAUCUGUCUUACGAUAGCCCCUACCGAUGACCCUACGGCUCUGGACCGUGACCCUCACCUCGAUGUUCAGGUGCCUCUGCAGCCCCAGGAGCCCAUUAUUUUACCGGAAGAUCCUACACUGCUCACCUCUAUUCAAAAACGCAAGCUAGCUACGCCGCUGUUCCAGCGGUUGGUCGAAUCCGGCUUAGAUCCCGUGGGACUGGCCAACUUCCGCAAAAAGUCGCAAUCCCGAUUCCCCUGGAAGGGUUUAAUGACAUGGCUUCACGAAAAUGGGUACCGGUUCAAUUAUUGGCCUAAUGAUUCUACGUUGUAUGGUAUCCGGCAUGCCACCGGCGAAGCUGCGUUGUUGCCCGCUCACCUUCGAUGCGAAGGUUUAAAUACGCCCAACUGCUGGAAAUCUGAGGCUAUGAAUGCGAUCCUACGAGCCUGUGUAGACCCCACGGAUCCCUUGCGUGUGGUGCGAAUGUAA